AUGAAGUUCUCACGUCAGAAGCCACCGCCGAAAGCGCCAUCGUCGCAGUCGGGGAUUAGCGGCAAUGGUGGGGCUUGUCGCCGAUCGACGCCGGCGCUAUCCGCGAUGACUCAGCUGGGUUGGUCUAGUUGGGCGCCAGCCGGCUUGACGUUUUGCCGGCUGGCAACUCCCGUCCACUCCACUGGCCUCUCUCGCGGUCUAAGCAUCGCCUUUUUCGCACGCCAAUAUGUCAUCAUGAAAUUUCAUUGCACGAAACGUCCGCAGUUGACAAGCAAUACCGUGUGGGCAUGCAUCGUCAGCUCUAGCGCCGCCAGAAUGCCAGCCAUGCUGGAAGCCUUCAUGUCUUGUUCCGGGCAGGUUGAGUUCGACCAAUGUCAAUGGUCGAACAAGUCCAGGACGCCGAGCCUGGAAGUCCAGCUAUCCGCAAGCUCCCGAAGUCUGAAGAGAACCAUUCAGUCAAUGGACUCUGAGGCAAGCUCCCGCCCCGAAAGCUUGGAACAUGAAAGCAGGGACUAUUCGAGACGGCUGAUGGUCGGAGCGGCCCAACGACGGCCAGUCGGCUUGCGACAGAGAACUAUCGACGGCUUUCUGCCAUGUCCCGAGCUACGGGCCCUCCUUACCGCCAGCCUGGCCCCGGGCGCGGAUUGCCAAGCCAGGGCGUCGGGACCCGUUACGGCCGGUUCGGGACCAGACGCCGCACCGACAUGGAUAUCUCUUCGGCUUCCCUCUGUCCACUCAUCUUCGGAUGAAUAUUCAGCACCGACUGAUCAUCGAUCCGCCCAACGACCCAUCAUGAUUACUAGCAUUCUCUGCCAGGGACCAUGGUGCUGCAGCAUGCCAAGCCGGGACAAGACCUACUAUCCCGGGGAUGUUCAACGGCGCAGAUGCGGCCAGCAUCUUUGGGCCCAUCUGUUGACGAACCCCCAAGUAACGUCGUUCUUCGAACCGGCGAUAUGCUUGAAUCAUGCCCGUGGUCGCACGUCAGUCCAUUGUAGUCAUGGACCUGCCUAUUCUGAUUAUCAAAGACUUAUGUGUGGGGCGGCCAUCUGCAUUACAUCUAAGUCGCACAGAAAGACCAGCUCAACCGAGCAGGCUGCAUUAUUGGCCAUCCAACCUCGCCAUACGGUGUUUCUUGUGCCACUCGGCGGUGUUCGUGCGACUACUGCACAGAUCUUGAGCAACGGCGUCACCCUUGUCCUCACCCCGUUCCCCGUCCCACUAAGACUAGCAGGAAGGGCAGAGUGGCUGGCAUCAUCUUGGGGAACCGUCAACCAGUUGCUAUUGACCGAGCUUACUGCAGAUCCAGCGGUACUUCUUUUCCGUUCGAAGUGUCGGCCGUCAAAUCAAGCUUGCCCGGCAUCAGCCCGCCCCAAUGCUAGAGCGCCUAGGACGCAGAUCAAUGCUUGUUGUGGUCGACUCCACUGGCAAGCUCUCACCUUGUCGGGAAAAGCAUUCGAUGCGGAUGAGAUGCGCCCUCUCUCCCAUCUACCUGUGACUUCCCCAAGCAUGGAGUCAGAAUAUGCUGUGAACCCAACGAUUCUAGACUACCUCGCAAGCCACCAUGGGCUAAGACACGUCAGAGAAAUCAACCGAUGCGCGCGUGUCUCCGAUGUCUUCCCCUUGGCUUCCCUCGCAUCCUUCGAGAAGCAGAUACUGCUGCUGAGAUUCAUCACGCCGCUCGAAAGCGGCGCAUCAACAUCCCUUGACCGGGUCCUCUGUUCCACGUCAAACGUGGAGCCCCCAAUGGCUACUAACGAUAAGCCACUUGUUCCGCUGCAGCGGUUUGGCUACCAGUCACAGAGAAGGUUCCAUUGCCGAGUGUAUCCCGAAGGUCGUCUGCCGGUGAUGGGUCAGGUUGCUCUUACGUUCCCCACCUCCCGCCGUCGCGGGCAGCAUCUUGGUUACCACCCCAAACUCAUUCGUUCGCCACCCGAGCCAGCAUUUACUCAGCCUUCCCCCCCACAUCUGACUACGUCUAUACACCCCACCACGAUGAGCGACACAGAGAAGGCUGCGGCCUCCCAUACAUCAGACCAAGGCACGCAGGAUAUUCCGCGUGACCCUGACGCGCACCUCAGUGAAGAAGAGAGGCUUGAAGUCGAGCGAAAGUUAGUCAGGAGGCUCGACUGGAUCCUGAUUCCAUGGCUAUGCAUCCUUUACCUCUUAGCUUUCCUUGAUAGAACCAACAUUGGAAAUGCGAAAAUCGCCGGUUUGAACAAAGACCUGGGCCUGACGAGUUCCAUGUACAACUCGUCGCUCACAAUUUUCUUCGUCUCGUAUGCGGUGUUCGAGCCCUUGACGAACAUUCUGCUCAAGAAAUUGCGACCGUCAAUCUUCAUUCCCAUCAUCAUGAUUCUCUGGGGGGCAUCAAUGACGGGCAUGGGAUUCGUACACAACUGGAGUGGGUUGAUGGCCGCGCGCUGGUUCUUGGGCCUUACCGAGGCUGGUCUUUUCCCGGGCGUUAACUACUACCUAUCAUGUUGGUACAAGAGAUCAGAAUUUGGCAUCCGCGCUGCCGUCUUCUUCUCAGCUGCAGCCAUCUCGGGCUCAUUCGGUGGCGCCCUCGCAGCAGGCAUCGAGCAAAUGGCCGGCGUCGGCGGCCGCCCGGGCUGGGCAUGGAUCUUUAUCCUCGAAGGCCUCCUCACCGUGGUCUUCGGCGUCGCCUCCUUCUGGAUGGUCCACGACUUCCCCGACGAGGCUAAGUUCCUCUCCGACGACGAUCGGGCCCGCGUCAUCCGACGUCUAAAGAUGGACCAGCAGGCCUCUGCCAACCACGAGGAGUUCAAGAUGACGUUCUUCUGGCAGGCCGUCAAAGACUGGAAGAUGUGGCUGGGCAUGGUCAUCUACAUGGGCUGCGACAUGCCGCUUUACGCCUUUAGUCUGUUCUUGCCCACCAUCGUCAACGAACUUGGGUGGAAUACGAGUAUCGUACGAUCGCAGCUGAUGACGGUCCCGCCUUAUGCUGCGGCGGCGAUUUUCACCAUCUUUAUCGGAUAUGUGGCGGACAGGACGAAACAGCGUGGUCUAUGCAACAUUGGAGUCAGCCUCAUCGGCAUGGUAGGCUUCUGUAUGCUCAUCGCUACCGAGAGCGCCCAAGUCAAAUACGCAGGCACCUUUCUCGGAGCUCUCGGCAUCUACCCAUGCAUCGCCAACACCAUCACCUGGGUCGCCAACAGCAAUGAGGGCGUCUACAAGCGCGGCGUGGUACUGGGCUUUGUGAUUGGAUGGGGGAACUUGAAUGGUAUCGUCAGCUCCAACAUUUACUUCCACGGCCCGCGGUUCCCAGAGGGCCAUGGCGUUGUGUUGGCGUACAUGUCCAUUUUCUUGUGUGGCGGCAGUGCGCUCAUGACGACUUUGCUCAGGAUCGAGAAUAAGAAGAGGAGGCAGGGGAAGAGAGAUCACUGGGUUGAGAAUAAAUCUGAGAAGGAGAUUGAGGCGCUCGGUGACAAGAGGCCAGACUUCCAGUACACCUUGAGAAUGGAUGAUAUUUGCACUGGGGGAAAUGUGUUGUGGCCAAAGAGAUGCACUGAUGUAAUAGCCGACGUGUCUCUAUCGCUCUUGUCAUUCAAGCCAAAGGCUUCUUGUACCAGAUGUAAUGGGAACCCAUCUCUCCGAGAGGCUAUGACCAUUUAUAAGUCCCAAAUUGACUCGAGAAGUCACGAAUCAGUUCCCAGAUCUGACGCCGGACCCAUAAUGCAGUCGGGACGGUUGACCGUUGAUGGACCACCGAACCUGACAACAUUUAAGACAUUACAGCACACCGCCACAAACCUUCCAAUACGGCGGCGUGUCGUGCCUCCUACCACCAUAGCUCGACCGUCUCAAAAGUUGGAAAAUACAUCCAUUGGGUCUGUGACGCUGCUACACAUCACGUAG